AUGACGUCAUUUCUCGCGGUCUUACGCUCGUCCUUUCCCGCUCCUUGCACCAACACCACAACCACUCUCUCCUCUAGCGAUCACGCAUCCGUUUCUAAGUGUUUACAGCUCCCACCGCUCAGUAUCGACCUCACAACAGUCGAUGAACCUCCAGCACCAAGCAGCUUGCAGUCAUUCGCCCAUCCAGCGUCCUCCAGUGACCUUUUAAACGUGCUACAGGUCGAACACGAUACGCUGCGUCUAGCCGAUGAGCGUGAAGCUGCAGCUGGUGCCGUUAACGCCGUCGUCACGACGUCUGCGAGGCUUAAAGACCGUCACUUGAUCAAGAACCAAGCCACAACUCCAGACGUGGCUGAGCAGCUUUUAACAGUCUGUGCACUUCACGCUGCUUCUUCACAUAAUGACGGAGGGUUCUGGACACCGCUGGAGCUGGCCGAGACUAUACUGCACAUUUUACAAGAUGGUCAAGGUGACGCUGAUUCCGUGCAGAAUCAGCUCUUUGGACUCGUGGGCGUGCACGGGAUGGACGUGAUCGCCUUUGCCGUGCAGCACGAGCAAGAGCUGGUGAAGUCGACGUCAUCAAGAGGGAUGAAGCAGAGACUAAAGGACGCGCACAAGCGGCUUGAGAGAGCUAAGACGGCACGUGCGUCUCGAGAAUUGAGAAAUGAGGCCCGAGAAGCUCCUAAUUGGCUAGAAGCGGCAGGAUACGACCCUGAAGUGCUGCGAUUGCAGCAGGAGAUGGCUGAAGAAGAACGGAGAUGCCAGUCGACGUCGCUCGUGCAGCGCGAGUUUGGAGCGCUGCAGGGAGGAUAUGACUCGACGGCAGCGGCUGGUCAACUGGUGGCUGCAGGAGCUCUGACACUGCCGUCAAGCACCAAGAGGACGCACUUUAAAGGCUAUGAGCACGUGUUUAUCCCGGCUCAUGCUAAGAAGGCAUUGGGGAUCGAAGAAACGCUCGUGACGAUCUCGAGUCUAGAUGAAUUUGCACAAAGUGCGUUUCAUGGACUUACAAAGCUAAAUCGACUGCAGUCGAAGCUCUUUGACGCCGCGUACAACUCGAACCAGAACUUGUUAGUGUGCGCUCCUACGGGUGCUGGUAAAACGAACGUGGCGAUGCUUGCUGUGUUGCAGGAGGUGAAGACACAGCUGAAUCGACAUCAAGAUCAGUCGGUUGAUCAAGGCGUGGCAAACAUGAAAAUUAUUUACGUGGCUCCCAUGAAGGCUUUAGCGCAGGAGGUGGUAACGAAAUUCGGUCAGCGACUACAGACCCUGCGAUUGAAAGUGCGCGAGCUUACGGGUGAUAUGCAGUUGACGAAGAAGGAGAUCGAAGAGACCCAUGUGAUCGUGACGACCCCCGAAAAAUGGGACGUCAUCACGCGCAAGUCCAGCACUCAGCAAUCGCUGCUCAGUCAGGUGAAGCUUCUGAUUAUCGACGAAGUUCACUUGCUAGCGGAUGAACGUGGUCCUGUUAUCGAGACUAUCGUGGCUCGGACGUUACGUCGCGUAGAAAGCACGCAAAGUAUGAUCCGUAUUGUCGGCCUAUCAGCCACUCUGCCGAACUACGUUGACGUCGCGUCGUUUUUGCGCGUUUACGUCCCUCAUGGAGACGUACGCAUGCAAAAUGCAGCUAUGAACGGCGGGAGGGGAGGGCUGUUUUUCUUUGACUCGACGUACCGACCCGUACCAUUGGAUCAAACGUUUAUUGGCGUGAGCACGAAUGCAAACCUGAAAGAGGCACUGGGUUUGAGUACCACAGCACUCUCGAAGGUGACGGCGAGACUCGAGGAUCUCGCCAAGGAGAAAAAGACAGCAGGCGCUAUCAUGAGUCGACAGCGCCAGAUUCAACUAAUGAUGAACAAGCUUACGCUAGCUCACUGCUUACAGCAGGUGAAGCAUAACGAACAAGUUAUGGUCUUUGUGCAUUCACGAAAAGAGACGGCGGCUACGCUGCAUAGCAUGGUUGAGCUUGCACGUGGUAACGAAGAAGAUCCUGGAACGCUGGAAGCAUUUCUACCACCCCCUGAGCUACAGUUGCCUAUCAGUCUGCACGAGCACGUCCAAAAGAGCCGUAACAAAGAACUCAAGGAGCUGCUAGGAUAUGGCAUGGGCAUUCAUCACGCUGGUAUGCUGCGCAGUGACCGAAAUUUGACGGAGCAGCUGUUUGAACUUGGCCACAUCCGCGUGCUGUGCUGUACAGCGACAUUGGCUUGGGGCGUGAACUUACCAGCGCACUCGGUCAUUAUCAAGGGCACUCAAGUCUAUAACGCCGACAAAGGUGGCAUGACGCAGCUUAGCAUGCUGGAUGUUAUGCAAAUCUUUGGUCGUGCUGGACGUCCGCAGUACGACACAAGCGGAGAUGCUGUCUUGGUGACUACACAAGAUCAGCUGCCUCACUAUCUACGCUUGCUUACUACAGGAAUUCCAAUGGAGUCGUCUUUGAUCAAAGCAUUGCCCGACCACUUGAACGCCGAGAUAGUUUCUGGCACCGUGAGUAAUUUAGACGAGGCCUGUACGUGGCUCAGCUAUACGUAUCUGUACGUACGCAUGCGAAAAAACCCACUAGCCUAUGGUAUGAAGAUGGACGAUGUAAAUGAAGAUCCGAUGUUGAUUGUGCGACGCAGACAACUGCUGAUGGAUGCUGCAGAGAAACUGGCAGCGUGUCGAAUGAUUAAGAUCCUUCGCGAGAAGGUCCAGAUGGGCUCUGGUCAGGAAAGCAAGAUUGCGUUUGCCGUGACCUCAAUGGGGCGUGUGGCAAGCCACUUUUAUAUCCAGCAUACUUCCAUCGAGACUUUCAACGACAUCCUUGAUGACAAGUCCGGUCAGAAAGAAAGCGAUCAGGAUGAUCUGGACUGGGUGAAGGUGCUGUUGGUGCUGUGCAGUAGUAACGAGUUUGAACAAUUGAAAUCGCGCGAGGAAGAGAUGCCGGAGUUGGAGAAGCUCAAGCGCGGGUUCUGCCGCUUCGACAUCCUAGGAGGGGGCAUGGACACCUACACAGGAAAGACGAACGUUCUCCUGCAGGCCCUCAUCGGCCGUGCUCGUGUGUCGACGUUUACGCUCAUCUCGGACACAAACUAUGUCGCCCAGAAUGGUUCUCGAGUGUGUCGUGCACUAUUUGAAAUUUUUCUGAAGAAAAACAGUGCGCGAAAAGCUGAAAAGUUCCUGCAACUUGCCAAGUCGAUUGACCAGAAGAUGUGGUGGGACCAAAACGCGCUGUUACAGCUUCCGAAUGUGCCAUAUGACGUUGUUGCGGAGCUAGACCGCCGCCACAAUAUGACCUUGUACGACGCAAUCGUCGACCCUGAUGCAUAUAACCUGCGUGCUAAGAUGAAGAAAUGGGUCCAGAGUGUUCCAUUUAUCGACAUCGACAACGUCCAGACUCAACCAUUUGGUAGUACUAUGAUCAAGCUUUCGUUUGAUCUUUAUCCACUGUUUCCAGAGUGGAAAGAAGGAGUAUUUCAGGGUAAGUCGUUAUCGUCUUGGCUAUGGGUUGAAGACGCUGUCACUGGUCAUAUCUACCAUUCGGAGUACUACGUUCUUCACCAGAACCAAUUUUUUGGUUGGAAAGCUGGUACGCAAACGCUCGAGAUAGAGUGCUACCUUCCUCUGUUUAUUACGCAAGGGCAGACGGAGGCGACUUACGUGAUGCGCAUUCUGUCCGACCGUUUUGUCGGAAUCGAGUCUUUUUAUGAGGUGAGCUACGCGCCAAGCGAACUCACUACAGCAGAGUUGGCGAAGCAAAAGAACGACAUGUACACGAAACUGCUUCGACUGCACCCACAACCUCUUCAGUCUCUGGACGACCCUGUUUACCAAGCGCUGUACGCAGGUAGGUUCCAGCACUUUAACCCGAUCCAGACGCAAGCGUUUCACCAACUUUACCACCAGAACGGAAAUGUGCUGCUUUGCGCACCAACUGGCAGCGGCAAGACGGUGUGUGCUGAGCUUGCCAUGCUGCGAGUUUGGAAACAACAGAAGCUUAGUGAGAGUGCUCAACGUGAAGAUGAGGGAUCUUCGGACGAUCCUGGGAUCCACGCACCUGCUACUACGCAAUCGCUGAUUGUGUAUAUCGCACCGAUGAAAGCGCUUGCCCGAGAGAAGGUGGCAGAAUGGAAGGCUCAGUUUGAAAACAACGCGCACCUGCACAAAAAAGUGGUGGAAGUCACGGGAGAUACGCUCGUUAAUGUCGAGUUUAUUCUGAACAAGGCAGAUAUUGUGGUCACGACGCCGGAGAAGUGGGACUUGCUCACGCGCAGCAGCACAGUUGGUCGCGCUUUGAUGGCUCGAAUGGCGCUUGUCAUUGUGGAUGAGGUUCAUUUAGUUGGUGAGGCACCACACGGUGCGGUGCUGGAAGUACUGAUCAGUCGUCUUAGACGGUUCACGCGCUCUGGUCCUCCGAUUCGUGUUAUGGGGCUGUCCACAACUCUAGCAAAUGCAAACGAUGUGGGACAAUGGCUGGGUGGAAUCAAACCAAAUAGCUCUAACGGUGGUGAACUGUACAACUUUAGAGCGUCCGUUCGUCCGGUGCCUAUGGAUGUGCACAUUCAGGGCUUUCCGGAGCGUCAUUACGUGGCGCGCAUGGCGGCAAUGAAUAAGCCGACGUUCAUGGCUAUCAAGACGCAUUCUCCUGACAAGCCUGUGCUUAUCUUUGUGUCAUCUAAGGCUCAGACUAAAUUGACGGCGCUAGACUUGAUCCAGUUCUGCGUUGCGUCGGACGAGAGUGGUGACGGAAACAAGCGUUUCUUAAAGAUGGACGAAGCGGUCAUGGAUUCGAUUUGCCAGUCAAAUCAGAUCGUGGACGAGACUCUCAAGCACACGCUCUCCUUCGGCAUUGGUCUUCACCACGCUGGGUUGACGCGUCGAGACCGUGAACUAGUCGAAAAGCUGUACAAGGAUCGUCUCAUACAGGUGAUGAUCUCGACAUCAACUCUGGCGUGGGGCGCAAAUCUUCCGGCGCACCUUGUCGUGAUCAAAGGCACGGAAUAUUUCCAGAAUGGACGAUACCGCUCGUACCCUUUGAGCGACUUGCUGCAGAUGAUUGGCCGCGCUGGCCGCCCCCUACUAGAUGACAAGGGGAUUGCGUGUGUAUUGGUAGAAGAAAGCAAGAAGAACGUCACACAGCGAUUCCUGCACGAACCCUUGGCUGUGGAGUCCUGUCUGGGUGGGAACGCAAUGCACCACAUCUUGGCCAACCACUUAAACGCGGAGAUCGCAGCCGGAUUGCUCCACACUCCUAAAGACGUGAUGGAUUACUUGAGCUGGAGCUUGCUGUUCCAGCGUGUGCUCAAGAAUCCAGGCUUCUACGGUGUUGGGGCCGCUGUGGCAGCGAUCGAUUCGCCUAUCGCAAGCGGUGGCAAACUGAGCAAGCAGGAAAAGCAGCCGAGGAAACCGAGCAAGCAAGACGAGCUGGAGAAGUUCUUCCAGCAGCUGAUAACAACAACGAUGCAGCAGCUCGAGUCGAGUAACUGCAUAACUACGUCGCAAUCGAGUGGUCUGCCUUCUUUUGGACCAACGUUCGCUGGAAAGCUUGCAGCUGCACUCUAUCUGGAUGUACGCACAGUGUCCAACAUGUUGACUGCUUUGCGAGCUGCUACCGUGGAUAAAGCAGGACCAGCAACAGCAACGAACACGUUGCUGCUGCUUUGUGUGAUUUGCGAAUCCAGCGUGGAGCUUCGCGACAUCCCGUUACGUCAUAACGAGCUCACGAGCAAUUUGAUCACAGAUGUUUGCACGAAGGUGAAGUUUUCGCCAAUGAAGCAUUUGUACUCAAGCUCUCCGAAGCGUCAAAAGGCGUUGUUGGAGACCCAUGGCAGUGAGGUGAAGGCAUUCCUAGUGCUUCAGAUGCAUCUGAUGGGUAUGCGUCUACCGUCAAGUGAUUUCGCAAACGAUCUGCGCAUGUUGUUGGACCACGUGCCGCGUUUGCUGAGCGCUGUAAUCAACCUCAGUGGUCAUCUAAAUCUCCCGGAUCUAGUAUUUGCUGGAAUCCGUCUAUCUCAAGCUGUCGUGCAGGGUCGAUGGCCAGACAGCGACGAUGGACUGACUCAGCUGCCACAUGCGUCGCAGGCGGUUGUGAAGGUGCUGCGCGAGCAAUUUAGGGUGUCAGGAAUUGCUGAUCUGCAAGCAGCUCUAGCGGUGCGUACUAAAAAAGCGCAGAUCAUUGAACGCCUGCAGAAUUUGCAGCUACAAGAACAGAGAGGUCGAGCGAGCAGCCUAACGAAGCACAAGAUCAACGAGUUUAUACGCGUAGCAGAGGCCGUUCCGCGGUUUCGUAUGGAGGUGCGACUGAAGCAGAAGCAGCAAGUGGUUGAUGUGGAGUUGACAGAUUUAAGUGGCCAAGGCAGCAACAAUCUAGCCUUUACAUCUCGACUGCAAAAACCCAAGGCGUACGGCUUCUACGUCGUCGUGACGACCAAGACGGAGGAAACAGAAGAGGAUAUCAUCCACCUCAAGCACGUGGCAUGGAAACGCAAGGUCCACAUAUCGCUCUCAUUACCUGUUGUUGAUGCCAACUAUACGGUGCACGUUCUAUCGGACGCAAUUGCUGGUAUCGACAGAGUGCACGCCGUCAAGGCCUGA